UGCAACACAUACAAGUUCUCUACAGCCCACCUUGGCUUUGAUACCGCGCUCAUGGCUUCGCCACUACCGGCGUUUGUUGUACGGCGAGCCACGCCGGAGCUGGUGGUGCCCUCGGCACCGACGCCGCAUGAGGCGAAGCCCCUGUCGGACAUCGACGACGCAGCGGUCAUGCGCUUCUACUCCGCGGGCGUCCAUCUGUACCGCGGUGACGUCUCCAAAGAGGGGCAGGACCCCGCCAGGGUCAUCAGGGAGGCGCUAGCAAAGGCCCUGGUCCCCUACUACCCGCUCGCCGGCCGCCUGCGCGAGGAGGCCGGGAGGAAGCUCGUCGUGGAGUGCUACGCGCAGGGCGUCCUGUUCGUCGAGGCUGACGCUGACCUUACUGCGGACGACUUCGGCGACAUUGGGUACCCCCCAUUCCCCUGCUACGAGCAGUUCGUCUUGGAGGACACGGCCGGCACCGAGGACGGCGGGGCCGAGCCGGUCGUCGACCGCCCCCUCUUCUAUGUCCAGGUGACGCGGCUCAAGUGCGGAGGCUUCAUAUUUGGGCACCGUGUGUGCCACUGCAUGGUGGACGCGCCGGGCUGCGUGCAGUUCGUCAGGGCCAUCGCCGAGCUGGCGCGCGGCGCCGACGCGCCGUCGGUGCCACCGGUGUGGGGCAGGGAGAUGCUCAUGGCGCGGCAGCCCCAGCAGCCGUCGUCCUACCCGCACCUCGAGUUCCAAGAACCCGCGGGCGGGCCGGAGCCGGACCGGAUGCUCACGACGCCCCCGGGCGACAAGGUGUGCGUCCCCUUCUUGUUCGGGCCACGAGAGAUCGCGGCGCUGCGGCAGCGGGUGGCACCGCUGACCUGCUCUCGCUUCGAGCUCGUGGCCGCCUGCGUCUGGCAAAGCCGCACGGCCGCGCUUGGCUACGCAGCGGACGACGAGGUGCGCCUGUCCCUCAUCGUCAACGUCCGUGGCCGCCCCGGCACCCCUCUGCCGGCAGGCUUCUACGGGAACGCGUUUGCCUACUCCGCCGCGGCGACCACCGCCGGGGAACUCUGCAGCGAAGGCCUCGGGCACGCCGUGGAGCUCGUAAAGAAGGCCAAGUCGGCGGUGACGUACGAGCACCUGCUGUCGUUGGCGGACCUGAUGGUAGCCACGGGGCGGCCGCUGUUCGCCGUGUCACGGACAUGCAUUCUGUCAGACGUGAGUCACGCCGGGUUCAAGAGCGUCGACGUGGGGUGGGGGGAGGCUGUGUACGCCGGCCCGGUCAAGACAGGCGAAGGGCCGAUCCCCGGCUUGAGCACCUAUUUCCUCCGCUCCACCAACGGCAAGGGGGAGGAGGCCACCGUGGUGCCUGUCUGCCUGCCCAAGGACGCCAUGGACAAGUUCCGCCUCGAGGUCCAAGCCCUCACCGCCGGCGACCAACUCUAGCCUCUAGCCUCUACCUACGGCCGGCCGGGGCAACCCCUCUCCGUCGUCGUAUAUAUGAUGCUAUGUAUAUGUCACCUGCCUGCUACAAGUGUUCCCUCCCUUCUUCCAUAAUUCUUGUCUAAUUUCAGUUUAAAUUAAAUCCAAAUCAAAGAUUAAGAAAUCGAAGGAGUGUACGGUACAGUAAGUAUGUGUAUCUUAUUUAAUUUUAAUUUGAAGAAAUUCAAAGUUUGUACAAGGUUGAGUCACUUAUUUUGAUACGGAGGGAGUAAUAUAUUCGACGAUAUAUAUAUAUUGUCACAACCAAGGUUGUAAUUACAAAUAAUUUAGUAUUAUAUUUCAUUGUUA